CCACGGUGUUGUAUACAAAUAUCCGUCCAUGGCAUGAAGAGAAGAAGCUGAUAGCCAUCUGGAAUUACCCUCCCAUUAGCUCAAGGAUUUAUACGCCCAUUGGUGGCUACCUCUAUCUUCUCAAAACUUUGCUCAAGCAUAACACAGGGUGCAAAGCAUGGAAGGUGGAAACAUAGACAGGAAUGCAGAUACUGACAGAGGGCUCCAUGGGAGCUACCCCGGUGGCUAUCCUGCUCCACCAGGAUACCCUGGUUACCCCGUUCCGGUAAACACAUAUCCAUCGGCGCACGGGUAUGCUGCUCCACCUGGGUAUUAUCCAUCUCCUGGUGGGUAUCCUCAAUCCAGUGGAUACCCACAAUCACACGUUGCAUACCCUCCAAGUGGAUACCCUGCAGGGUAUCCACAAUAUCCUACAACGUGCCCUCCUCCUGCUGGUUAUCCUGGCCAUGGCCCACCAAUGCCUGUUCCUCCUUAUGGCCAUGGUGGUAUGUAUGGAGGCGGUCAUGGCUUUAGCGGUGGGGUGGUCGCCGGUGGCACUGCUGCUGCAUACGGUGCUCACAACGUGUCACAUGCUGGCGUCUACGGGAUGUACGGCCAUGGCCACGGUCACCACCACGGCAAGUUCAAACAUGGCAAGUUCAAACACGGCAAGUAUGGCAGGCACAUGAAGAUGUUUGGACGCAAGUGGAAGUGAACAAAGGAGAAAAAACGUGAGCAAUUGGCUGAUUCUUUUUUAUCCA